GUAAAGAAUUAACUGAAUUUGAACAUGAUGAAAUUGUUGGAUUAAGAAAAGCUAAACAUUCCAUUAGAGAAAUAGCUGAAAUAUUAAAAAGAUCUAGAAAAGCAGUUGAAAAUGCCAUAAAUGACUAUUUUAAAAAAAAUAAAACUUCUGCAGCUCAAAGAUCAGGAAGACCUAAAAAAUUAUCAGAACGUGAUGAUAGACAAAUUAUAAAAAUAAUUAAAAAAAAACCCAAAUCUACAAUAAAUGAAGUAAUUCAAGAACUUAAUAAAUUAAAUAUUUCA